AUGGCUACAGUGACAAAGACUGAUAAUCCGAGGAUAAAGUCUAGAGCAAAAGAAGUCCUCAUACAAAUAGUCUCAUGGGCAGAGAAAACCCAGACAUGGAUGAAUGAGUUCAUUCUGCUGGGGCUGUCCAGCUGCUGGGACACUCAGCUCUCCCUAUUUGUCCUUUUCCUGGUCAUGUAUCUGGUGACCAUGCUGGGGAACUUCCUCCUCCUCCUCCUCAUCAGACUGGACAGCAGGCUACACACACCAAUGUACUUUUUCCUCAGUGUCUUGUCAUUUGUGGACAUCUGUUAUACCAACAGCACUGUCCCACAGAUGGUUGUUCACUUCCUGUCAGCCUGGAAGCCCAUCCCAUUCUACAGCUGUGUGUUCCAGCUCUUCAUCUCCCUGGCGAUGGGCAGCUCCGAGUUCUUCCUGCUGGGAGCCAUGGCUUAUGACCGCUCUGUGGCAGUGUGCCAUCCACUGCACCAAGUCAUCAUGCAUGGAGGACUGUGCCUGGGGCUGGCUGCCGGCUGCUUGGCGGCUGGUUUCAUGAAUUCAAUGAUGCAGAAGAUCAUCAUCUUUCGGCUACCUUUGUGCCGUAAUGUUAUUAAUCACUUUGCUUGUGAGAUGUUGGCUGUGCUGAGGCUGACCUGUGUGGACAUCUCCUUCAACAAGGUCAUGGUGGCCAUCUCAGGAUUUCUGGUGAUCAUGCUUCCCUGUUUCCUGGUUCUGUUCUCUUAUGGUCGUAUAGUUACUGCCAAUCUGCAUAUUCGCUCUGCCGAAGGACGCUGCAAAGCAUUUGAGACCUGUGCCUCCUACCUCACUGUGGUUUCCAUGUGCUUUGGAACAGCCAUCUUCACGUACUUGAGACCCACUGCUGGUUCCUCAGCAGAGCAAGAGAAGUUGGUUGCCCUGUUCUAUGCUGUGGUGACCCCAAUGCUGAAUCCCUUAAUCUACAGCUUGAGGAACAAGGAGGUAAUGAGUGCUAUGAGGAGACUGUUGGGAAAACUUAGUGAAAAAAGGUAA